AUGACGUCCGCCGACCGCGUGCCGCUGGUGAUCCAGGUGCGCCGCUGCUCGCGCGCCGACCGCGCCACGUUCGCCGCCACCGGGGGCGUGCACAGCACGCCUGACCUGCACGUGGAUGGUCUGCGCUCGGACGAGUCGCCGCCGCCCGGCUGGACUUCCCCGGGCGGACAUUUGAGAGCGGGCACGCCUCCCGAGCGGCGCGCUCGCCGCCUCGACGGACCGCAUCACUCACGCUCGCAGUCAUGCAGAGCGCCCCGCAAAACAGACUACCUGAUGAUCCCGGACGCGCUGGGCCGCUGCCGAAGCACCACCUCCGUCCGGGACGCCGAGGAGACGGCCGAGCCCGAGUACUACCGACUCAGACACUUCUCCGUCACCGGCAAGGGCGUCGUCAACUGCGGCGACUCCUUCCGCAGCCGCCGCUCUCGCAGCAAUGUCAGCGUCGCCUCGGACUGCUCCGAGUACAGCCCCAGGGCCGAGCAAAUCCACCGGCACGCCCCCGGCUGGACGGGAUCGAGCGCGCCGAGACGAGGUCCGACGCGGCGGCCCCCACGUCAGGCCGGACCCCGGAUUUUCCCGACGGCCGGCUACACUAUCUGCGGCUGA